CAGUUAAAAGUGCAGAAUUGUUUGGCGAUUAACUUCAUUGCGCCUGCUCCAUUCUUCUCCUUCUUCUCCUUCUUCUGCUUCUCAGUGUAGCAAAUCAGCUUCGGUGGCCUCUCAUUAUUAUUAUUAUUCUUAUUACUAGUCGCCCUCUUUCAAUCGGCUGCCGCAGUAGAUGUGAAGCACCAUUGAUAGUUACAAACGCCACCUCCACUCAUUUCAAUCCACUUUCACUCAUUAUCCUCCAGCAGAAAAUAAAUAAAUUAUUCGGUCACAAUUAUAUUAAACAACAGUAAACUCAAUUUUUAUCCUCAUUUCUAAAUUAUCCUCGUUGCCACUCAAACUAAAAUAUUACACAGCAAAUUGCGACCAGCAAAACCAUAUGCAAAAGGAACACGACUUACUCAAAAAUAUUUAUACUGCCUGACUCAAAGCUGAACACCUGACUUUCGAAACUCCAAAACUGGAGCACAGUGAGACGAGUGAAAGACGAGAAAACAUGAACGAAAUGGCCGGAUCCGACUUGAAAUACAACACCGAAGAGCACUCGGGAUUGAACGGCGACAAAACUUCGGGAUUCAACGAGGCACCGAAGCGAUCCGAUUCUUCAGAAGCGAUCAUGAGAAUGUACAAAAACAUGGAGGCUAGAAUCGAGGAUGGAAAAUUCCAAAGAAUCCUUGUUCUCAUAAUCGUAAGCUGCGCACUGCUACUAGACAACAUGUUAUAUAUGGUCAUAGUUCCCAUCAUUCCGGAUUAUCUGAGAAAGGUGAAUGCUUGGGACACUCGAACCUCGUAUGGGCAGAAGAACGAACUGAAGAAUGGGGCGUGGGUUAAUUCGACAUACAUAACGGACACCUAUUACGAAGGGGAAGAUACUAGUCUGGGCUUUCUGUUCGCUAGCAAGGCCUUCAUCCAACUAAUCGCCAACCCCGUGAGUGGGACUUUGAUUGACAGAGUGGGCUACGAAGUGCCCAUGGUGUUCGGCCUGUUCGUCAUGUUCACAUCCACCACCAUAUUCGCCUUCGGAGAGACCUACACUUUCCUGUUCUUGGCCAGGUGCAUGCAGGGCAUCGGAUCUGCAUUCGCCGACACUGCUGGAUUAGCGAUGAUAGCCGACCGAUUCACGGAAGAGCGAGAACGAAACCGGGCUCUCGGAAUCGCACUGGCGUUCAUCUCAUUCGGAUUUCUAUUCGCGCCUCCCUUCGGCGGAGUGCUGUACCAAUUCUGCGGCAAAGAAGUUCCCUUCCUGUUUCUAGCCUGCGUGGCCCUCAUUGACGCGGCCAUGCUGCUCCUCGUCAGUUCCAAGAACUCCCGCAGACUCAGGCAGGAACAUGCACAAGUGCCCCAUGCUCCCAUUUACAAACUACUUUUGGACCCUGACGUUCUUGUAAUCUCAGCUGCUCUCAUCAUGGCUAACAUUUCACUGGCCUUUCUAGAACCAACAAUCGCUACCUGGAUGGAAGAUUCGAUGGAUGCAGACCAAUGGCAGCAGGGAAUCAUCUGGCUGCCUGGAUUUUUCCCUCACAUUUUUGGGGUGUAUCUUUGCGUGCAGUUGUCGAACAAGUACGCCAAAACACAGUACAUUUAUGCUGGCAUAGGUCUGUGUGUGAUCGGGUUUUCGACUUGUUUCAUUCCUGCCUGCACCACAUUCACCCUCCUCAUCCUCCCCAUUUGCGGCAUGUGCUUCGGGGUGGCCCUGGUGGACACUGCCCUGAUCCCCGCCCUCUCCUACCUGGUGGACAGUCGCUACACUUCCGUAUAUGGGAGUGUGUACGCCAUAGCCGACAUCUCCUACUCGCUCGCUUAUGCAUUCGGCCCAGUCGUGUCCGGCUGGAUGGUCCACAUCGUCGGCUUCACUUUCCUCAACAUAAUAGUGGGUCUGGCCAGCUGCAUCUAUGCCCCCAGUCUCUACUCCCUCAGGAAGAUCUACGGAGAGGAGGCGGAGUUCAGAGCCAGACGACAGGAGGAGACAAACCUGCUGGAUAAUGAAGAGCUCAACAUGCCUACUACAGUGUCAGGGGGUGGGGCGGAGAGCUACUAUGACAUGAACAGUGGGACGGGAGGGGUGGCCUACCAGACCAGCCACACCCCCACUGUAGACUAUGGUAGCAGCAGCAGCCAACAGCAGCAGCAGGAGCAGCCCCAGAACUACACCAGCUCAGGGGGACCCAAGUUUAGCAGUGGGCCGAUGGGGGGAUACCAGCACGCCAGCUUCGAACUGAAACAGAAGCUGCAGUCGGGGCUGAGUUUCUCCUUCAAAAAAUGAACCUCAAAUCAAAUACACUUAAGACUUAAGAUACACUCGACCAGAAAGAUGGAUCGAUCGCCAAUACAUAUGCAUCAGAAUGAACAAUGUUGGCCUCCAUAUGGAUAAAUAUAUACGAUUUCUGCUACAACCAGGGUGCAGUCUUUCAUUUUCUCUCGAUACUGCAAUUUACAACAUUAAACAACUGGAAGUGUUUAUUCAUUAUUCUCUUGAUAGAACAAUCCCCCUUACACCUAUGAAGUUUCAGCAUUCAUUAUAUUUCUGCAAAUUUCAAAGCCAAAAGCGAUUUUUGUUUGUAUGAAGAAAUCGAACUGAUUUUGUAUUUAUUUUUGAAUGAUUUGACCGACGUAUAGUUUUAUUGUAUCACUCAAAUGACAAAAUUAAUCAAAGCUAUUCUGAAUUCUGUUUGUAUAUCCUUUAUAAUUUUAAUUAUACAAUUUUUUCUUUCUCUAAAAUACUGCGAUAGAAAAACUGCGAUCCAAAAAAGAUCCAGAAAACUACAAACAUACAUUCGAAAGGGACAAAAGCUGUCAAGGAAGGAUAAACUGAAUUUUCUCAAAAGAAAACAAUUUGCGGAAAUUUAAAAAAUCAUUGGAAGAAGAAGACAGAGGGCUUAACUUUUCAUCCCAAACAGUUCACUUGAAGUAUAACUUUUUAAU